GUCUGCUUUGCUGUCUAUCUCUCGGGUGUCUCUGUUUAAGCCACCUCCUUCCCUCCCCGCUAUCCCUACCCCCAUCCCACUCCACUUCUGUCAAGCCCAGUCUGAGUCUGGUUGACUCCGGGGCUCCACACAGGAAGGAAGGCUCAAAUAUAAAACUUGCUGGAUAAACUGCUAAAGAUAAAGCUGCGGAUUAAAGAAGCUCCAAAGAAAAUUAAAAGGAUUCUCCAAUAGGAAGAGCUGCAGGCAUGAAAAGCCAGACUGUGCUCCUGUCUGCGGCGCUGCUGGCCCUCUGUUGCCUGCUGACCCCCAGACAAGGGGAGAGCGCUGGGGGGAUUGUGUCCCUGAUGCACCCUGAAGGAGACAAGCAAGAAGGGGAUCUUCUUCAGAAUGAGCCUCAAAAUAGUGAAGGCCAAGUGGAGAGCAUCAGCAGCGAGGCCACAGUAGAGGCAGGUAAUUUUGGCAGAGUGAGAAGAGCACCGCAGGAGGGCAAAAAGAAGAAAAAGGACAAGAAAAAGAACAAAGAGCCAAAAGAUCCCAAUGCCACCAAGAAACCCAAAGAGAAGAAAGGGAGGAAGAAGGACAGACAAACAACAACAACAACACUUCCACCCACCACAACAGCUAUCCCAACCGAACCACCCACAGAACCCGAGCCUUACACUGACUACGCCUACCCUGACAUUGACAAUGACUACUGGAAGCCAGAAGAUGACUACUGGGAGGCUGAUCCCACUCCAUCCAGGCCAGCCUCGGAGGUCACCGAUUUUCCAUACGAUUACUGGAAACCAGAAGAGGAAGAUCCAGCGGCUCCAGUGACAGAGGAUGAUUUUGAAUGGGAACCAGUGAAGAAAGACCCGCCUCCCCCAGUGACAGACACCGACAAAGAAUACUGGAAACCUGAAGAAAAAGUCCCCUCCCCACCAGAGACGGACCCAGAAGAAGAAUAUUGGAAACCAGAAGAGAAAGACCCCUCUCCACCAGUGACGGACCCUGAAGAAGAAUACUGGAAACCAGAAGAGAAAGAACCUCCAGUAACAGGCACAGAUGAAGACUACUGGAAACCAGACGAAAACGAUCCAUCUCCGACUGAGACCGAUGACUAUGAAGUCUACUGGAAAGAGGUGGACCCAACACCCGCCGGCCCAAAGGUGGAUGAGAAGACUAGGACAGAUGACAUUGAUUACUGGGAUUCCACAUUCGCGGUGCCAGAAAAAGCUCCACUCCCAGAUGGCGAAGAAGUCAGCCCCGAGAUCAAAGUCGAAACUCUACCAGAAGAGACGACAAAUACUCCACCCUUUGAGGAGAAUUGGUACGAUGAAUACGACGAAUACGGAAUGAGGAAAAAGGAAGGUGAAACUGAUGACAAAUGGAUGGAGAAGGAAAGAGAGCGAGCACAAAAAGAAAGGGAGAGAGAAGAGAGAGAGAGAGCGCAGAAACUGAAGGAGGCCGAGGAGCGAGCCAGGAACAGACCACGUGUCUUCAAAGAACCAAAGAAAUGUCCUCCCCUGGGGAUGGAGUCCCAUCGGAUUGAGCCAGACCAGCUUUCCGCCUCCUCGACGUCUCAGUAUGAUUUUGCACCGCAGAGGGCACGCCUCAACAUGCAGGGCUCACAUGAUGAAGAUAACCCUCGAGGCGGAGCAUGGUGCGCAAACUCAGAGGAGAAAGUCCACUGGUUCGAGGUUGACGCUCGGAUUGAUACAGAGUUCACAGGAGUCAUAACUCAGGGUCGAGACUCGCAGAAUGAGAGUGACUUUGUGACAUCAUACUUCCUGGCUUUCAGCAAUGACAGCAGAGAGUGGACACCCAUCCAUGAUGGAUAUGCUGACUGGCUCUUUUUUGGAAAUAGUGAUAAAGACACUCCAGUCUUAAACCAGCUGGCGGAGCCUGUAGUGGCCCGCUACAUUCGAAUCAUCCCUCAAAGCUGGAAUGGCACACUGUGUAUGAGACUGGAGAUUCUGGGCUGCCCAAUGCCUGACCCAGAUAUUGCCCGGUACAGGCAAAAUGAAGUGACUCCAGUAGAUUAUCUGAAGUUUAAGCAUCACAGCUACUCAGAAAUGGUUUCACUUAUGAAGUCAGUGAAUGAUGAGUGCCCCCAAGUUACCAACAUCUACAGCCUGGGCCGUAGCUCCAAGGGACUGGACAUCAUGGCCAUGGUGAUCUCAGGCAAUCCAACGGAGCAUGAAAUAGGUGAGCCGGAGAUACGCUACACAGCAGGUCUCCAUGGUAACGAGGCGGUGGGCCGGGAAAUGAUCCUGCUUCUCAUGCAAUACUUGUGCAAGGAAUACAGAGACCGAAACCCCCGAGCUCAACGGCUGGUGGACGGAAUACGCAUUCACUUGGUGCCCUCACUCAACCCUGACGGACAUGAAGAAGCUUUUCAAGCAGGCUCAGAGCUGAGUGGAUGGACCACCGGCCACUUUACCAAUGAUGGCUUUGACAUUUUCCAGAACUUUCCAGAUCUAAACAGCAUCCUGUGGGAUGCAGAAGAAAGAGGCAUGGUGCCCAAACUAUUUCCCAACCACCACGUUGCCAUACCCGACAACUUUCUACAAAACAGCUCGGUUGCUGUCGAAACCAGGGCCAUCAUGUCUUGGAUGGAGAGCCACCCAUUUGUGUUGGGGGCAAACUUUCAGGGUGGUGAGUCAUUUGUGGCCUACCCAUACGACAGCUUACGUACCAAAAAGCCUGCUGAGGAUGUGCCCCACAGCCGCAAGAAGAGACAGUAUGAAGAAGAGAGCUUUGAUGUGACCGAGUGGGGACAUGGAUACCGGGAGGAGCCAGAUCAAGACCGGGGAAACGGAGGCUAUCCAGAUCACGAGUGGAGAGGGCAUGGCUAUGACCAAGGUCAUGGCUACGACCAGGGACAUGGUUAUGACCACGGGUACAGUCAAGGCUAUGACCACAACCAAGGUUAUGAUCAAGGCCAAGGAUAUGACCAUGGCCAAGGCUAUGACCAUGGCUACGAUCCCAGCUACCACCAUGGUUACGACCACAGGGAGGAGGAGGAUGACAGGGAGAGAAGUGGCGGCUACCAUUAUGCAGAGUCCGAGGAAGAUCUGCGAGAGAUCGCGGAUGAAUCCCUCUUUAGGUGGUUAGCCGUGUCCUACGCAUCCACACAUCUGACUAUGACACAGAAUUAUCAUGGGUCCUGCCACGGGGACGUCACCGCAGGGGUGCACGGGAUCAUCAAUCGAGCCAAAUGGAAGCCGAUCACAGGAAGCAUGAAUGACUUUAGCUAUCUGCACACCAACUGCUUGGAGCUGUCCAUUUUCCUGGGCUGUGAUAAGUUCCCUCAUGAGAGCGAGCUGCAGCGAGAGUGGGAGAAGAACCGAGAGGCCAUGCUCAUCUUCAUGGAGCAGGUUCAUCGUGGCAUUCGAGGUAUAGUGAAGGAUGAGCAGGGCAACCCACUUGCAAACGCCACCGUGUCUGUAGAGGGGAUCAACCACGACAUCACCACAACUUCAACCGGAGAUUACUGGCGGCUGCUAAAUCCUGGCGAGUACCGUGUAACGGCCAAAGCUGAGGGCUUCUCCUCCUUGACCAAACUUUGUGUGGUGGGAUACCAGUCAGGAGCGACCACAUGCAGCUUCAACUUGGUCAAGUCCAACUGGGACCGAAUCAAACAGAUUUUGGCUCUCCAUGGCAACAAGCCAAUCCGCCUGGUCAGCCAUGGCAACACUAUCGUCCAGCCCCCUGUUAUCAACAGCAAUGGCCGUGUGGUUGAUGGCAAUGUUGGGGUCUUGCAAAAUUCCCGACUCAGCAAGGAACAGUUGAGGAGAGUCAGAAUGGCUCGUAUUAGACGCCUCCGGCAGCAGAGGUUAAUGUGGUUGCAAUCGACGACGACGACGACAACCACUACCCUGCCACCAACAACUACCACAAUUCCCACAACGCUUGGGACCACCACACCCUGGUACGACUCAUGGUUAAUAGAGGAGGGACAAUCAUCGACACCCGGUGCCUUCACUGACUCCCUGGACUACAAUUAUGAGUACAAAAUUGAUGCUUAUUAAAGCAAAUUCACUGCUUUCACACCUGAGUUACAUCAAUCCAGAAAUCCUCCGCUCAACCAAGCUUUACAGUUCAGUUUACGAUGGUUGAAUGUUAGUGAACUAUAUGCUGGAAAUAUGUCUGUCACAUUAAUAGCUUGACAUCACAGCAACACGGUGAUGAGUUCAAUAGUGUGCCAUGCAUCUUUAAUCAUAGAUGAGGAAAAAUGGUUCUAAAAAUUCACAUGCAAAAAUGCCGAUUAAAUAUACAGUAUGUAGUUCAUCACAAACACAAUAUUGCAGAACACCAAUUGGUAUUGUAUGAAUGUGUUUUUGUAUUUUUACAAAGGAAAUGAAACUGAACAGAACUGACAAACUGUACUGCUUGGUGGAAACAAACCUUUGAGUAAUCAACGUUCACGUCUGCAUUUUAAAAUCUUCAAUAACUGUAUAACACUUGAAAAUAUGAUUCUUCAUUGACAAAU